AUGCGUUUCAUCCUCCUCCACCACAGAAUUACAGCAGUCCAGAGAACAGGAUCAGAGAAGCGCUGGAAACAGAGUGAAGAAAUGAACAGAAUAGAAGGACAAAUAGAGGAGCGAGGGUACUGGGGCAGUAAAGCAGAGUUUCUUCUGGCGAUUGCAGGGAAUGUGGUCGGUCUGGGUAACGUUUGGAGGUUUCCUUACCUCUGCUACAGGAAUGGAGGAGGGGCAUUCCUUAUACCCUACCUGGUGUUUGUUGUUACUUGUGGGGUGCCUCUGUUCCUGCUAGAGACGGCUAUGGGACAGUACACACAGGAAGGUGCCAUUACAUGUUGGCGUCACCUUUGUCCACUCGCUGAGGGCAUCGGUUAUGCAGGACAGCUGAUAUUGCUGUACAAUUGCAUGUACACCAUCAUACUGGCCUGGGCGCUUUUCUACCUCAUCUUCUCUUUUAGCUCCAAACUUCCAUGGGCCAGCUGUGACAACAGCUGGAACACAGGUAAUAAUCUGCAAAAUACUGUAAAUAAACAUUGCAUGAAAAACCUUAACCGGACAAUACUGAUUCACUCUACACCUGCAGCGACUGAGUUCUGGGAACGCAGAGUACUGUCUCUCUCUGGAGGGAUCGAAGAGAUUGGUCAAAUCAACUGGGAGAUUCUCCUGUGCCUCAUUGCAAUGUGGAUUAUAUGUUAUUUUUGCAUCUGGAAAGGAGUCAAAUCUACAGGCAAGGUAGUGUAUUUCACAGCCACAUUUCCUUACGUGAUGCUGCUUGCAUUGCUGAUUCGUGGGUUGACUCUUGAUGGAGCUCUGAAGGGAGUUGUGUUUUACCUGUACCCUGAACCAGCCCGUCUUUCAGACCCACAGGUUUGGAUGGAGGCAGGAACACAGAUCUUUUUCUCCUACAGUUUGUGUUUUGGCACUCUUAUUUCACUAGGCAGUUAUAAUCAAUACAAUAACAACUGCUACAGGGACUGUUUUUGGCUUUGUCUUCUGAACAGCGCCACCAGUUUAGUGGCUGGCUUUGCUGUAUUCUCAGUCUUGGGCUUCAUGGCUAAUGCACAGGGCGUCUCCAUUGAGGAGGUAGCAGAAUCAGGUCCAGGACUAGCAUUCAUAGCUUAUCCGCAGGCAGUAGCUAUGAUGCCUCUCCCUCAGUUGUGGGCUGUUUGUUUCUUCAUCAUGAUCAUUUUGUUGGGCCUAGAUACACAGUUUGUUGGAACGGAGACUAUAAUUACAUCAGUGAUGGACAUGUUCCCCAUGGUGCUGCGCAGAUCUGGACACCGAGAAAUCUUUGUCCUGCUCUUCUGUCUCACUUGCUUCUUCGGACAACUCAUCAUGAUCACAGAGGUCAGAGAAGUGGGGGGGAUGUAUGUAUUCCAGUUGUUUGACAACUAUGCCUGUAAUGGAGCCUGUAUUCUGUUCCUAUCUGUGUUUGAGUCUCUGGCAAUGGGUUGGAUUUUUGGGGCUGAGAAGUUUUUUGACGUAAUUGAAGACAUGACAAAGUCGCGACCCAACUAUAUAUUCAUGCUGUGCUGGAAAUACCUGACUCCUCUCGUGUCCCUGGUGUCUUUUGUUUAUUCUGUUGUGGAGACCAAGCCUCUCACUUUUAACCGCUGGUAUGUGUACCCAGACUGGGCGCAUGCACUAGGCUGGUUACUGGCCCUGUCCUCCAUUCUGCUGGUGCCUUGAUGGGCACUAGGCCGAAUUUGUUCUGGGAAAGGAACCCUGAAACAGGUGAGGAUGAAGAUACAUUCAUCUAUCACAUUUAUGCAUAAUUUGUACAAAGCCGAGGUAUACAUUCAAUCAUGGCCGGACUUAACUUUGGGCUUGACUGGGCUGCACCCCGUGAGGCCCGCCUUGUAGGGAGCCCUAACUUUACCAAUUUUGAUUUGUUCAGUUAUAC